GAGACCAGAGUCCUCAAUCUCUCUCUCUCUCUCUCUCUCUCUCUGCGUCAGCGACCAGGAAACUUCUCUCUCUCUCACGAGAACCCAAAACGCGAACCCUCGCAGUUCUCGCUCGCCAUUGAAUCAUAAAGAAGCGAUCCUGACCGUUAAAAAUCCGAUCUUUGCGGGUAAAUUUUGCUUUGAAAAGCUUGAUUAGCGGGUUAACGGGUUAACGGGCUGAGAUGAAUGGAGGUGCGAGGACGAGGGUGGGGAGGUACGAGCUGGGGAGGACGCUGGGAGAGGGGAAUUUUGCGAAGGUGAAGUUUGCUAGAAACACGGAGACUGGUGAACACGUGGCCAUCAAGAUUCUCGACAAAGAUAAAGUCUUGAAGCAUAAAAUGCUCGGCCAGAUCAAACGAGAAAUCACUACCAUGAAACUUAUCAGGCACCCAUACAUAACAAGAAUGCAUGAGGUGAUGGCCAGCAAGACAAAGAUAUACAUUGUUCUGGAACUUGUUACGGGUGGAGAACUCUUUGACAAGAUUGCUAGUCAAGGACGGUUGAAGGAGGAUGAUGCAAGAAAAUAUUUUCAGCAGUUAAUUAAUGCCGUGGAUUUUUGUCAUAGCAGAGGUGUAUUUCACAGGGACUUAAAGCCGGAAAACCUACUGUUGGACUCUAGUGGGGUUCUUAAAAUCUCGGAUUUUGGUUUAAGUGCGUUACCACAGCAAAUUCGAGAAGACGGUUUGCUUCACACGACAUGUGGGACUCCCAAUUAUGUCGCUCCUGAGGUGAUCAACAACAAGGGUUAUGAUGGAGCCAAGGCAGAUCUCUGGUCAUGUGGGAUUAUCCUUUUCGUUCUUAUGGCUGGUUACCUGCCCUUUGAGGACUCUAAUCUUAUGUCAUUGUACAAGAAGAUCUUCAAAGCGGAGUUCUCUUGCCCUGCUUGGUUCUCUACAAGUGCAAAGAAACUUAUCAAAAGAAUUUUGGAUCCUAAUCCCCGAACACGUAUUACCAUCUCUGAGGUCAUAGAUAACGAGUGGUUCAAGAAAGGGUACCAGCCACCCAGAUUUGAAACAGCGGACGCUAGUCUUGAUGAUGUCAAUAAUAUUUUCAAUGAAUCAGUGGAGCCAAGAAAUCUUGUUGUUGAGAGACGUGAUGAAAGGCCAGCUGCGAUGAAUGCAUUUGAACUUAUUUCAACAUCCCAGGGUCUGAAUCUCGGAAGCUUAUUUGAGAAGCCAAUGCAGGGGCUUGUGAAGAGGGAAACAAGGUUUACGUCAAAACUACCUGCAAAUGAGGUACUCUCAAAACUCGAGCAAGCAGCCACCCCUUUGGGUUUCAAUGUUGAGAAACGCAACUAUAAGUUGAAGCUGCAAGGUGAAAAGAGUGGAAGGAAAGGUCAUUUAUCUAUAGCAACGGAGGUUUUCGAAGUAGCACCUUCGUUGUGUAUGGUAGAGCUUCGUAAAGCAAACGGUGAUACACUCGAGUUCCAUAAGUUCUAUAAGAGCAUGUCAAUGGGCCUUAAAGAUGUGGUCUGGCAUAAAAGAGAAGAGAGUUAAAGAAAUCGGGUGCCCUAGCCUUCGUUCCUUUCAUUCUCCACUCCUUCGGUUACGAAAUUGCUCCUUCGGUUACGCUUCUUCAUCGGCGACACCGUCCCACUUUCUUAACUCAUUAAUUGCCAAAGAUGAGUAUUAUUAUCCUCAUCAUCACCGCUACCCCUCUGCCAUCAUCUCCUCAAUUCUCAGAUUUUGGGCAUCGGUUACGAUCAAGAAGGAGAAUCAUUGGCGAAGAUCGAAGUUUCAAGCGACGAGGUUUUCAAAAAUCAAAGUUUAGCUGGAGCGAGAUUAGAAACUUAAGGAAGAUUUAUCAGUGUCAAGCAGCGAAGAAGAAGGAGAUGACGACCCAGUUUAUGUAUGAAUUGAUGACGAUGAUUUAAGCAACGGAGACAAGAAAGAAAUUAUACUUGAAGAGGUAUGAAUUCAAGACCCUUUUCGGUACCAGAUGAGAUGUUCAGUGUAAAUUAUUUUUAGCAUCAAGAUAGUAAGUAAAUAAAUGAAGGGCGGUAAUUUAUAGUAGUUGCUCUUUCUGUAGUAAAUUUUUUAAAUGAUAGUAAGUGAAUAAGUAAAUAAAAAGUAACACGCUUGCUCCUGAUUGUUUGAUUAAAAAAAAACUUUAAGGAUAGUAGUUCGCCAAACAGUGUUUUCGAAUGAGAAUAAUGGAAUCACUGCCUAAUAUAUGCCGGUUUGAUUGCUUUUUCCUAAUAUAUAAUGGAAAUGGAGGGCUCCGUUGAUGAAGACUCAACCAAGUCUGAUGAAGAGUACGAAGACCUAGCCAUGCGAGAUAGCCAAGACAACGGUUAAUGGUCCGAUGACGAAGAAGACAAACUAACAUUUGAGAAGGGGUCUUCAGAACAUGAUUCAAUGGUGAGUUCUGAAGACACGGAGAAAUACCAGAAGAAUCUAGAUCUUUUCUUAAAAUCAAGUAAUCGGUCUUCUGAACCUUCGCGCACUUGCUCACUUCGUUUUGAAACAAAAGGAAGGAAUGCGGGGGCUACGGUAAGAACUCGCAGCCAGUCGCAGAGUAUUUUGAGCUCAUGAAACUACUGUAUAUAGUUGUAAGGCUCUAAUUGCCCGUGGCAGUUAUAAGGAUGCUUCUUGUUUAUUAUUGUAAUGGCCAGUUAAAUUAUUAUGCAGGAUGUUUUGUUGGAUAUGCUCUCAUUUAUUUUCGUUACCUUUCCUCA